AUGCUUUCCUGUUUAGGCGCUGCAUGGUCCCCCACACGCGCAUCGGUAUUUUAUCUAACAAGAUCGGAUGGAAGUGUUGAAGUGUGGGAUCUUUUGGACAAAACAAAUGAACCUAUUAUGGGCCAGUCUGUCUCAUCAGUGUCACUUACAGCAAUUGCUCUCUGGACAACACCCAAAAAACAACUUCUGGCCGUAGGAGACGCAAACGGGGCUCUACAAAUUCUAAUUGUACCACAGAGACUCCGCAAGAUGGGCCCUAACGACUACUCCAACUUGACUGCUUACAUUGGUAGGGAAAUAAAAAGGCGUGAAUAUGUUCUGAUGCGUUGGGCUUUGAGGGAGCAGGAGAGGGUGGAAAAAGAGAACGAGGCAAAAUUGAAAGCUGGUAUCUCAGUACACGUCCAGAUGACAGAUGAUGAAAUUUUAGCUCGGGAACAGGUGAGACAACUUUUAAGAUCAGCUCAUCUUGUUUUCCCACCAACUCGCCUUGUUUAUAGUCUGACUUUACUUUAUCCGCAAAAAUCCUACAAUACUUAG